AUGGGAGUUGUCACUGUUGGAGAAUUAAAGCCAAGCAUCUCUGGGAAGAGGACAUUUCGUCCUAGUUCAAGCAUAAGGCAUGCCACUGAAUGGCCGAUAUCUGAUGUCUCUAGUGAUCUUACCAUUGAAGUAGGAGCUUCAAGCUUUGCACUUCACAAGUUUCCUCUUGUUUCUAGGAGUGGAAGGAUUCGGAAAAUGCUGUUAGAAGCAAAAGAUUCAAAAUUUUCACGGAUAAGUCUCCAAAACGUGCCAGGUGGUGCAGAGGCAUUUGAGCUGGCUGCCAAAUUCUGUUAUGGAAUCAAUGUUGAGUUCACCCUCUCCAAUGUGGCCAUGCUAAAAUGUGUAGCUCAUUUUCUAGAAAUGACAGAAGAGUUUUCAGAGAAAAACUUGGAGACACGAGCUGAAGCAUAUCUAAAGGAAACGGUGCUCCCAAAUAUAUCAAACACAAUAUCAGUUCUUCACCGUUGUGAAACUCUUGUCCCUACUUCAGAAGAGAUUAGCCUUGUCAGCAGACUAAUCAAUGCAAUUGCAAACAACGCAUGCAAAGAACAGCUCACCACUGGUUUGCAAAAGCUGGACCGCAACUUCCCUUCUAAAACCACCACAAGCAUAGAACCCGAAACACCCUCAGAAUGGUGGGGGAAAUCUCUCAAUGUUCUUAGUCUUGAUUUCUUUCAACGAGUUUUGUCUGCGGUGAAGUCAAAGGGACUAAAACAAGACGUGAUCAGCAAAAUUUUGAUAAACUAUGCACAUAAUUCACUUCAGGGGAUUGUUAGGGACCACCAUGCAGUGAAAGGAUGUUUUCCGGACAUAGAAUUGCAGAAGAAGCAAAGAAUCAUUGUUGAAGCCAUUGCUGGCUUACUACCAACUCAAUCAAGGAAAAGCCCGGUUCCAAUGGCAUUUCUCUCUAGUUUGUUGAAAGCUGCAAUAGCUGCAUCAGCAUCCACUUCUUGCAGAUCUGAUUUGGAGAGAAGGAUUGGUCUACAACUUGACCAGGCAAUUCUGGAAGACAUCCUAAUCCCAACAAAUUCACAUCAAAAUACCCAUGGCACUAUUUAUGACACAGAUUCAAUUUUAAGGAUUUUUUCCAAUUUUUUGAACUUAGAUGAGGAUGAUGAAGAGGAUAAUAGUCACUUGAGAGAUGAAAGUGAAAUGGUUUAUGACUUUGACAGCCCCGGAUCCCCAAAACAAAGCUCAAUUCUGAAGGUAUCCAAAUUGAUGGACAACUAUCUUGCUGAAGUAGCACUAGAUCCAAACUUGUUGCCAUCGAAGUUCAUUUCCCUUGCUGAACUACUUCCAGAUCAUGCACGUAUUGUCAGUGAUGGACUCUAUAGAGCUGUUGAUAUCUUCCUUAAGGUUCAUCCAAACAUGAAGGACUCGGAGAGAUACCGCCUGUGCAAAACCAUUGAUUGUCAGAAACUGUCUCAAGAAGCGUGCAGCCAUGCAGCACAAAAUGAAAGGCUACCAGUGCAGACGGCAGUGCAGGUUCUAUACUUCGAGCAAAUCAGGCUUCGCAAUGCAAUGAAUGGAGGGCACAAUCAAUUUUUCUUUGGAGGACUAAAUGGUCAAUUCCCUCAACGUUCGGGAAGUGGUGCAGGAAGUGGAGCCAUUUCCCCUAGAGACAACUAUGCAUCAGUGAGAAGGGAGAACCGAGAGCUGAAGCUAGAAGUAGCAAGAAUGAGAAUGAGGCUCACUGACUUGGAGAAAGACCAUGUUAACAUGAAGCAGGAGCUAGUAAGGUCUCACCCUGCCAACAAGCUAUUCAAAUCACUCACCAAAAAACUAAGCAAGCUCAAUGCUCUAUUUCGGAUUAACAGUAUUAAGCCAAAUGGCUCUGAGAGUCGCUUCCCUUUCCCCAAGAGAAGGCGUCACUCAGUUUCAUGA